CGUAUAUUUGAUCCGCGAUAAGUCCGCGGCCACACUGGUCACACUGCUGUCAAAGAAAAUGGCGAAGGAAUUUUUCGGAGGGAUUGAAAAUUAUUAAUUUAUUUUAUUUUGUGACGGAUAAAAACAUUUUAGUACUCAACAAGUGUGCCUAAAGAAACUCGUGAUUUAAUGUUUCAAUCAUAUAAUUUAAAUAUCUCAAGUCAAGUGUGUUUUAACUGCGCGCGUGGUUCAGAUAUCUAAAUAAUUGUUUGCCGUUCCUUCACUCUGGAUCAGGCAGGCUUGAUUAUCCGGGAUCUAUAAAUGAACCAAAAUCAAAUCCAGCAACUUACCUCUCACCUAUCACAGGCUCUUGAUCAAAACUACGAUGUCGUCAAUAUGGAUGCUGUUCUCUCUGUCAUAUGUGCUCUGGAAGGCACAACGAUCACUAAGGAGCAACUGGAGGCCACCAGAUUGGCAAAGUAUAUAAACCAACUUAGACGGAGAACCAAAAACGAACAUCUUGCCCGACGUGCGAAAUCCCUACUGAAGAUGUGGCGAGAAAUGGUGGGGAUUCAGCAAACGGCUAAUGAUUCUCAGCACCAUCACAGUCAGCCCACAUCCCUUCCGACUCCGCCAUCAGCACAUUUUUAUAAGUAUACUGCGGGAUCGGCAGACAGCAACUUGACCGAAACAGUUGUUCAUCUGCCCGUUUCACCUUCGGUACCGUCACACCGAACAAUUUCAGAUUUGCAUUCAAAUAUCGACUCCUCUGAACCGCCGCCUGCUGUCCUGCCUUCCCAACACCAAUCAAACUUCUUAAACCUUAUUAACAAUAUAAGCAAAUGUGAACGCGAAGAAAGCAACUCUAGCAUGUUAAUACAAGCUCAUAAGCAGCCGCAAUCGCAGCAAUUCCAAAAUAGGCCUCUUGGACUGCCACUUCCUUUUAUCAGUGAACAGUCAUUGAAUUCGGUAUCAAUCUCAUCCGAUGUCGGAAAUGAUAAAAAAGGUGAAGCUUCAAUUGUGAUCGAUAUAGUAACCGAUUCUGACGAAAACGACAAUGAGAGUGCAAGUACAAUACAGGGAAAACCCACAGCGGCGGCGUCAGCACCAUUUACAAUAUCGCCUGCUCCAUGCCCACGUCCCAAAAAGUUUAAAAAGGAUAAAAAGCAUAAAGAAAGGGACAGGUCUAAGUCUUCGUUACUGGCCCAGAACGAGUUGAUUGGACAACACUCCAGCAGAUACAGCGCGAAAGUAAAGGAAGGCCAAUCACAAACAGCUCAGGCAACAGACUCUGAAAUUUUUUCUCUGUCUAAUAGCUCGAUGAGUUCAAUCUUAUCUGGGGAUGCAGCUUUAUUGAACCCACAGCAUAAAUUUCGAGCAAAUGCAUCCGAGCUUACAUUCACCGGCAGAUUUAAGCCAGUAAACCAUUUGGAUAGUGCAAAUCAGGAUAAUUCCGCUCUGCCGAUAGGGCAGAAUAUCGUAUUCCGACAAAAUGAAUCUGAGAGACCAAUAUUUGAGGAUUCAAUUACAAACGACUCGAGUACGUCUUGCAGUCGGCUCUCUCCUCCGACUGUCGAAGAACGCCGAAAAUCCGAUAAAAUCGAUGAUUCUAUUAGGCAGCAAAUUGCAACAUCUAUACAAAUGCCAAUGCCUUCGAUUGGGUUGGGCCACGAGUCAAAUAGUAGGACUGAAUAUUUGGAAAAUUCAUCGAAGUCUCAAGUUCCUAAAAAACGUGGUCGGAAGAAAGGCUCAAAAGGCGUGGAUGCUGUAAUUGCUAAGGAAUCGUCGAGCCUUUCUCAGCAAAUUUUUUUUGGCGUUGGCUCUACGGUGAAAAAGGUAAAGACCACCAAAGAACUUUUCAGUGAAAUUCAGAGCAGGAAAUUAAUCACUGCCGUGCAGUCGCCCACAAGUAAUAUCUCCAAUUCCUCCAUAUCUCGAGAGCUGACAACCCGUGCUCUAAUGCCAAGACCAACUUCGUCUUGUUCUGACACGUCGAUCCACUCGCCACAAAUCAUGGAAACUUAUUCAGGAAAUGUUACCCUAAUGGGUGUUGACAAAUUUUCAAAUAAAAAUGAAGAUGCCGGUAAUACGGAUAGUGAUACCAUCACUUCAGAGCCAUCUCAAGAUAGCAACAAAUCGCAGGAAAUUAAGGAAUGUACUUCAUUGGACAGCAAUAGCAAUUCUCUCCAGACUUUAUCUCUGGCGAAAAAAUCAAUGCACACUUCAAAGUCGGAGAACUAUAGCGAUGUAACCACACAACUAAUGCAUCUUAUUCACAGCAUAAAAGGCCCAUUGAGUGUCUAUGAAGUUGAAAAGUUAUACCGAGCUCAGAUUGUGCCGUGCACCUGCCUAGUUAUAGAAGAAAUAUGCAACCCCUUUGGCGAGCCAAUCAAUUUAAGUUCAGACAACGGUGUGGGUGAUCCGAAGAGCGAUUCAAAUAAUGAUAACGUUUCUCGCCAUAAAAAACAAGAAGAGCAAUUGCCUAAACUUGAAAGAUUGAGUGACAAUGAUUUUUCUAUGGACACUCCACAGAAACCAGUUAAGUCCAUAUUUGAUUUGGAUUUUGAUGAGGACGAAGACCCCUUGCAAUCAAUAAUCAAUGAUAUUCGGAUGCCGCCAACUAAACUUGAAGAGACCAAAGAAAACGCAGAUUUAAAAAACGCCCUUGCUCAUUUACCAAUGAAUAUUUCUUCACUGGAUGUUGCUAGUGUUAAUGCGGAUACAGUACAAAAUCAAAUCAACAGCCAUAACCAGGAGGGCGAGACAAGUGAAGAACAGAAUGUCGCUAUUCCUGUUUUCACUUGUCACGAGGAUCCCGAUUGCGUUGCAAAGCAAAGGUUUCAUGUGCAAACCAACAAAGUGAAUAAUUUUCAUAUAAAUGCGUUACACAACUUUUAUAUACCAAAUAUAAAUGGCAAUUGGGAUAGCAUCGACUCAUCUAUUGUCUCAGAAUCUACAAUAACCGACUUUCUCAAUACCCUGGGGUCCUAUACAGUCACGGAUGGAGCUGACGUUGUUCCCAAAUAUGGCUCUCUUACAUACGACCGAAUUAGAAAGGAUCUGAGUUCUAUUAAAUUUACAAGCUCUUUUAAAACCAGACCCUUAAAAUCAUUUAUGCCACCGUUUCUUGGAGUGGCAAAGUGUUUGCCCACGUGUCGUCUCGCUAGAAGCAGUUUUAAGAAAAAACAAAUUCAGUCACCGCCGCCCCCACUCAUAGUGAUUCCAAGUACAAUAGAAGGCUUGGACCCGGACAUCAUGCAGAAGGAUUAUAAUGGUGGCAGUCCACUGAAAGUGGAUGUUGAUGUAUUAGUUUCUGGCCAUGAUAACAACGAAAGCAAUGUGCAAAUGCAAGUUAAUUUACAGACCAAGAGUGACCCAACUCUUAGUUACAACUUACUAAAGCUCGCCAAUGACGAAUUACCUUUUGAGGAAACUGAGCCGAACGAUAAAGGCAGUGAAUACGAGAAUCAGGAUAACGGUCGCUUUAGUAGUAGUAGUAACAGUAGCUGCAGCAACUCUAGCAAUUCCAGUUUGAAAAAAACACAGGAUUCAAUUAAUGAAAAGCUGAGAAAUCAGAGGUCUCAGCGAUACAGAGUCCAAUCUGUAGAAGAGGAGACCAAUAGAAAACGUCGCGGGAAAAAUAGAAAAAAGAGAAAUAUUAAAGAAAAUCCACCCAUUAAGCGCAUUAAGAUUUCUUUGAAUGGAACAAUUUCAAACCUUAGUAGUAGUAACAACAGCAGUUCAAGUGAAAGUGAAACUGAAACCGGCCUAGAGAACGAAAAUGAAGUUGAGAAUGACUAUGAAAAUAAUAAUGAUGAGGAAUAUGCCGUUGUUCAACGACCCACGUGUGGCGAUGGCGCUAGCAACAACCACAUUGUGAUGACAAUAAAGAAAACACCAAGUAAAAUCAAUUCUCCAGCCAACUCAAUGUCUGCUACUUCACCUAUUAAUGCAUCCGAGACAAGAAACGUAAAAAAUGCAUUUUCCGACUCUAAUCGGCCCAAUCUGCUGACAUCAAGUACUUCGAUCGCACCCCUGUAUCAAAUCGACGGUGGCAGAAGAUUGUUAUUGUCCAAAAAGUUCAGUCGACGCCCUCAUCGUCGGCGUCGUUAUCGUCAAUGUCGUCGAAAAUCGGAUUUGCAACGCAAAGCUAUCGAUUUAGAGCUUAAACAUUUGUUCACCUACAAAACCAAGCCAGAUCUAGAUAUCGGGUCCGCAAUAAAGCUUCAUAAAAAGCUAUUUUUCAGUCAUGAAUUAUGUAAACAGAAUACUGCAGGCAGGAAAGAGAGAAUUUUAAACUACAGCAGUAGUAGCAGUUCAAACUAUGAUGAUGACGAAAGCGAUCUGGACGGUCUUUCUUCAGAAGAGACAGCAGCAGACCUUAAGGAAAAUGUUAAUACUUUUAAUAAAUACAACUUAAAUAUUGAGACUGAUAAUACAAGUGCCGAGCGAACGGUAUCUGAAGAUCCACUUAAAAUUGAAGAGGAUCCUUAUUUAACGUCGUCCAGCAAUGAUGUUACCGAUAGCGAUAACGAGAGCGAUAAUCAUGAAGUAUUCGAUGAAGUUGCUAAAAGAGUCGAAGCUGACGAAUUCAACGAACUGCAUAACAAUGGUAUGCUGACAUCCUUUAAUUCGAUAUCUGUUGAGAAUCAGUUAAUAAACGAACCGACGUUGAUGGCGGUCUCGGGCAGUGUCGACACACCCGCACCCCAAUCCAAUGCAUCGCUGGCGUCACUACAAAAUGAGAAUUGUGAUGAUGUUAAUAAUCUAUGCUAUAAUAAUAACAAUUUAGAUGUAAUUAAACAUAGUCUAGCUGCUAGCCCCAUACUGAAUGAUAUCAAUUAUAAAAACGUCAUAAGUAAUACUUCUCCAAGAGUCUUAGCCAACAAAUUCAGCGAUUGUAUUCCACAGAAUAUCGGAAAUUCUGAACUAAGCCCCCCGAUACCGUUACCCUGCGCUGAGUACCAAACUGGUAUUCGACCAGCCCCCCUGACAGACCUUGCGUUAUCCAGCUACGCUGAUUUCAGGUGUACCCGAAUUCAACAAUUUAAGGAAUGGCACCAAGUUCUUCAAUUGCAAUCAUAUAAUAAUGAGCCCUUAAUAGUUCUGCCAUAUGUUGUGCUUGAAUAAUUUAUACAUUUCCCUAACGGGAAACUAUGGAGAAAACGAAAGUAAAUUUGGCCAAUUAUAUUAAAUGCUUAUGUUGUGUAUUCUUUAAAUUAUGUUAAGAUCCAAUCAGAGCUAUUUUUUGUUAGUUGAAUUUAUAUUUUUCAUGAUUACAAAAAAAAUAUACACAAUUUAAGAAUGUGGCUACCAUA